AUGUUCGUUUUUCUAUGGUGCACAGCAUUCAGAAACUGUGGUAUUUUAAAAUCUAUCAAGAUGGCUCAUUCGAUCUUCAACGAAGUGAAAGUGUUUGAAGACACGGAUAAAGAAACAGACAUAAUCAAAAGUAUCAUUAAAACGGAAUAUCAUUCAAAAGAGGAACCGUUUUGUAUUCUUGAUGUUGCCGAUGUGAUGCGGAAACAUCAAAAUUGGAUCGAGAAGAUGCCAAGAAUUGUUCCACAUUAUGCUGUCAAGUGCAAUGCAGAUCCGCCCCUUCUCAAGAUCUUGGCAGCCAUGAAUGCCAGUUUCGAUUGUGCAUCCGAACAAGAAAUACGGACGGUAAUGGAGUUAGGAGUACCUCCGAAUAGAAUUAUCUUCGCAAACCCGGCCAAAUGGACCACUCACAUUAAAUUCGCCAAGAUGAUGAACGUCGAAAAAAUGACCGUCGACAGUGACACGGAAAUUCUCAAGAUAAACAACAUUUUUCCAGAAGCGAAAAUAGUGAUUCGUAUUUGUUGCGACGCCAAGAAUACCCUGGUAUCGUUAGGAAUGAAAUUCGGCUGCGAUCCGGACAAAGAAGCGGUUCGAUUGAUACGUUUAAUAAAAAGCCUUGGUUUAACGUUGUGGGGCUUUAGUUUCCACGUCGGUAGCCCGUGUGGCGAAUUAGAGGCUUAUGCCAGAGGAAUCAGAAUGUGUAAGAAACUAAUCGCGACUGCUAAAGAAAUUGGUUGCAAAGAUGUUCAAUUAAUCGAUGUUGGUGGCGGAUUUCCUGGUAACAGUGGAUUCUUUAUCGAUGAGAUUGCAAGUCUCAUCAACAAUGAAAUCCAGGACGUCGACCCGAAUAUCACGAUUAUCAGCGAACCGGGGCAAUAUUAUGCAACAUCGGCAUAUAGUCUGGUAUCGCUUGUGCAUACAAAAAGAGUUGUUUGUAAAGCGGAGAAAACAGUUAGAAUGUACUAUAUGAAUUGUGGAGUAUACAAUUGUUUCAUAGAAGAAUUGUUGAAUUUAAAGGCGAGGCUACCGAUACCGCUGGAUAAGCCAGAGAACGAUGAAAAAUUCGUUUCAUAUAUUUGGGGUCCAACCUGUGAUUCCUUGGAUUGCAUUUUGAAGGACGUAAUGCUGCCAGAAUUUCAGCAAGGUGAUUGGUUGAUCUGGAGGAACGUUGGAUCCUACAGCAUAAGUCUUAGCUCUUCGUUCAAUGGUUUCCCACCACCUAAAAUAUAUCCGAUUGCGAAAAAAAGUCAAUGGAAAAGUUUUAUUACUUAUACAAAUAGAAUGCAAAAAUUGCAGGAGUCCGUUUCAUUAAAUAAUGGAAUGGGAAAUGGAAUAAAAACCAGUUAAUAAUGAUAUAAUUAGAUCAAAAUAAUUUAUAGAACUACGAUAUUGUUUACAAUGUAUUUAUUGUAAUAUAUUAAAUUUAUACAUUUAUACAUUUCAAACUGUCUAAAAAGUGGAGAUAUUUCGCUGGAAAUGACAACAUAAUAUUUCAUUUAUUAUGUAUGUUAUUUAAUGUGCGAAAUUACGUAUGUAUGCUAUACGUAAUUUGUACGUAUCCAUGUAAAAAUAUAUAG